CUUCAAAGUCCUUUCAAUAGCACUUGGCCGUUGAACAGCGGAACAAAGCAUCGCCUUAAAUCUGUGAGACAGGAAAGUUAGGAAAUGUGCCACCACUAGAGGGGAGAAUUAGCAAUGAGAUCCUGGGAGUUAUAGAUGAUUCUGUUUGAAAAAGAGAUAUGAUGGAUGCAGAUACUAGUGGACACUCUGAUAUAUCUAUAUGCAGUGAUGAUACAGAAUUUCUUCUAGGUCAGAAUAUCUCCAUCCGGGAAAUAGAUGACGAUGAUGUCAUCCAGGCCCAUGAAAGUGUGAAAAUCCCUUCAUCUGUUAGUAGAUCGUACCAUUUGUCACCUCAACCUUCACCUCAAAAACUGCAGCAAAUCAAUUCAAGUAAUUUGAGAUCUCCACAAAGAAAGGGAGGGAUUACUAAGCCAGGAAAAGGGCAGGAUGUUAUACCAAGAUCACCAGGUCACAGCAUAGCAAAGCAAUUUUCUUCUGUAGAAUCAUCUAAGAGUAACAUCAAAGCAAAAGCAGAUAAGAAGUCACAACCUCCACAGAAUUAUACACCAAAAGAAAAUUUAAAGGGGCAAACACCUCAGACUGGUUAUGGUUCAGAAGCAGUGAGAUACAGUCAAGAUGGUGAGAGGACACCAAAAAGUAAGAAACAAGUUCCAGAAAACUUUGCCAAGCAUCCACAUGGUAUAGGUAAAUUUCAGUCACCAGAGAAUCACAAAUCAAUUCACGCGCAUCAAAAUGCCACUGGUAAUCCAUCCUUGAAGUCUGAUUCAUUGUACAAACCAUCACAAUUAAUUCCGCCAUUAAGAGACAAAGCAAAUUCAAAAAGAAAGCAAGUUGAGUUUGGUAGGUCACCAUUAAAAGAAAACUACAUUCCUGGCAAUCAGAACAACUGGGAAAUAGACUCAGAGAUAUCACUAGACUUGGUAAAUGGUGAUCAAAAGUUUGUUGAAACAGAAACAAAUGACUUGGAAAGUCAAAUGUCAGAGGCAACUGAAGAUCUGGUUGCAGGACAGGAUGGAGAUGAAGAGGAUUUCACAGAGAAGCUCAAGGAACUUAACUUAGCUGUGAAUUAUGAUGCUGAUACAAAUGAAUACUUUGACGACAAAGUAAGAGAAGGAGCAGAACUUUUAUCCAAACUGUUUGGUGGUCAGGUGGAUAAUUACUACAGCUCCUCCAGAAAUGAGCUAAUCAUGUCAACUAACAUCUCCACGAAUAAUGAUUACCAUAGCAUGAAAAGACAGCCCUUGUAUAUGCAGACAUUGAAAGUUGGUGGUCAGUCUAAGAGCUCAGGAUCAGCAAGUGUCCAGGAAGUUUCUAGAUCUGACAGUCAUCUUGAGGAAAGGAGAACUCAAAGUCACACCAGUAGCACUACACAGCGGUCUCUUCAACAAUCCAUUUCACCACAAGUGCAGUCACGAACAGAGGAACAGAACAGUGGGACCUUAACAGAUCAAAGCAGCUCCUUCGAGUCUAGUGUGUCAACAUCAGCUAGAAGACGUAGAGCAGCUGGCCGUAAAGAGGUGCGAUUUAGAGAUGAAAUGGCAUCAUCAAAAGAAAUUCCGCAGCGUGACCAUCAUGUGGCAACAGAUGGUGAGUUUAUUCAAGAGACUUCUGCUUUUAGAGCAGCAAUGAACUAUGAUGAUGAUGAUGAUGAUGAUGAUGAUGAUGACAAUGCUAGUGAUAAUACUGAGGAGCAGAGAAAGUAUUAUUACAAUCACACUGACAAGAUGAAUUACACACAAAAUAGAAGGGUGAUACCAGUGCAAAAUCAAGAUGAGUUAGGCACAGAAACUGUCCAUAAUUAUGAACCAAGUGUAAAAUCAAAGUCUUCAUCAAAGCAGCAAGGAACGUCUCAUCAUAAUUCAGAUGAAGGUUUUUCAUUGCAACACAAGAACAGGACUGUGCAGCGGUUUAAUGUGGAAAAGUUUUCUGAUAGUGGGACCUCCAGAAGGUUGGACUAUCAGGACAAUGGACCAGUACCUCCAGGAUUUAUGACUUCAACUCCUCACAAAAAAUUUGAGCCUGUCUUUUCAUCACCCAAGGCUUUUCAGACAGAGAAAGUGGAGGCGCAAAAAGAAGCACAGAGGAUAAUGCUAAAGUUGCAGGAAAAUGAAAGGAAACUUAACAGAAGCUUACAAGAAGUUAGAGACGUGGAAUUUGAGCUCGAAGAAGCCGCAUCAAGAAAAAAGAUCGCUUUGCAAGAACUUCAAGUUCUAGAAGAAACGAUCACACGGAACAAAGCAGAAGUCAACUCUUCCGAAAAUCUGGUAGAACAGUACAGGCAACAAGCAACCAAAACUAGAUCCCAGCUCAUGGACCUUGAACUACAGCGAGACAACAUCCAACAUGAAAUCAAAGAACUCCGAAACUGUCUCGCAAAACAGAAACAAGAGUCGGAACAAGUUGUAGAAGUCGAGAAGAGAAACGAGUUGAAAGUCCUAGAGUUGAGUAUAGAGAGAGAUCAAAUUCAAAGCGAAGUGGAGUCAUUGCGAUCUCAACUUAACCACGCUGAUGGAAAUUUUGCUCAAGAAAAACAGAAGUAUGUGGAAAAGCUAAGAUUUGCUCAAGAUCAAUUGCAAGAGGAGCAUCGAACAUCGAAAGAAAGUGUUGAAAAACUCAAACAGCAACUUGAAGACGAACGCCAGAAGGCGCGGGACUCACACUACGAAAGAAUCAAUGCCAUUCACAAAUUACAAGAUGAAUCCAAAGAGAUGCAUGAAAAGGAAAUUGAAGUGCUAAAAAACAGAUUUGUGAGGGAAAAAGAAAUGGAAUUGGAGACGUUGCGUGAAAAAACCCGAAGAGAUACAGAAGGACUCAAUAAAAAGUUACAGGAACAAGAUCACACGAUAUCUCAUUUACAGAGCAGCUUGAAGGAGUACGAGGAGGAAAUAACAAAACUCAAGACUCAAGUAUUACAAGAACAGAAGAAGUUAUUUGAUUGUGAGAGCGAAUGGAAAGAGAACUUAGCAAAACAAGACACACACGUCAAGUCCUUGAGGAUUGAGAUUGACUCUCUGAACGAAAACGAAGCAUGUCUCCACGAAAACAUAAGAAGAACUGAGCAGCUUCUGGAAGAGAAAAUUUUGGAAUUGAAAAGACAUGAAGAAAAGUCCUCUUCUCUGUCUGAAGAGCUCAAGCAAGUUAUGAAGAAUAAAGAUGACGAGAUUACGAUGUUGCGGGGCCUGGUUCGUCAGCAGGAAGACGCCACAAGAUUAUUGGGAGAAAAGUUGAGAAACGAAGCACAGGAACAUAUUCGAAAUGCUCUGGAAAAGGAACGGGAGUCAACAGAUCGUGAGCGUGCUCGGCACCAGGCCAAACUGGAGGAAAUACGUGACAAAUAUGAAUCAGCUCUGAAGCAAGUGAGAGAGGAACUGGAAACUGAGAGACAAGGACAUCAUCACCUUCAUGCUUCAGUCAAUAAAAUUAAAAAGGAAAUUGAACGGUUACGAGAAUUGAACCUGAAGGCUGAACAGGAAAAAGUAAACGCGGUGGCUCAUGUUAGAAGUGAAGCUAAAGAAGAGAUUGUGAAGAUGAGGGAUAAACUACAGGAGCUGACCGCAUUAGCAGAGACCUCCGAGAAAGAGACCGCCAUGGAACUCACAGAAGAGUGUCGGAAAACGGCCGCGUUGCUCGGAGAUUCUGCAAACACGACCCCUGUGAGGAAUUUGUCAAGCAGUUAUGUUGGUGAAAGUCCUCGAUCAACCACAGACAGUCCCGCCCGGGAGGCGCUGCUGAAUCUGCGAUCUUACAAUGAAGAGUUACGACAGCAUUUGAUUGAAGCCCGUAAAGAGCUGGAACAAAACAAGAAGCAGUUCCAGCAACCGGGUAGCGGAGACCCGCUCACUCCGCAACAAGUACACUUAUUCAAAAAGACGCUCAUUGCCAAGGAUGAAGAAAUAGCCAGAGGAAAAAGGCAGCUGCAAGAGGAGAGUGAAAGGAAUGCAUUGCAGAUCAAAUCAGAGAGAACGGCCUAUCAAAAGACCAUAGAUCGCCUGGAGAAGGAACUCAAGCAGGCAAAGGCUGCGACUCCCGCUGGCAGCCCUAUGAUAAACGGGACCUCCUCUCCUCCAGAGAGUGGCGUUGGCACCAGUCUCAGUUCGACGACUCCAAGCCCGAGGCCUGGAGAGGACUCUAGCACGGCACGUCUUUUACGACACUUGCAAGGCAGAGUGCAACAGUUGCGGGCGCAAAAUGAUAGUCUGCGGAAGUCAUCGGAGAACGAGUCCUUAAAUGACAGUCAUUGUAGUGUGAUGUCAACGGAGUCGUUCAACGGAGGCGAAACAGAAGAAACCAAAAGACUUCAUGCCGCACUGAAGACAACAGAGGACAAAGCCCAAAGAAACGCAGCUAUGCUGAGUCAGAAGAUGAUGGAGAUGACCAAGCUACAAAAAAUGCUCACGCAUGCGACCAAGGAAAAUAUGAAGCUGGAAAGAGCUUACGCUGCCUUACAACGCAAAAUUAUCGACAACUCCAGAUAACACAACGUGCUUUUGUAUUAUUUUAGAAUUUUCUCACAUACUUACGUUGUAAAGCGUCUAUAAUUCGUUCAGAUGUGUCCUUCGUCGAAUGUUGCGUUUGAUGUUGUUUUUUUUUUGUUUUGUUUUGUUUUUUUUUUAAUACUUUUAAGAGUGUUUUUCGAAAUUUGAAAUCCUUUUACCCAUCAAUAUUUUCGGCGGUUAUCUCAGUGAAUUUAGGGAUCGUGAUCUUUUUUUGUAUUUGCUUAAUCCUCUUAAAACCAUUUGUAAACUCAGAGAAGUUUGACGAGCUGAAUAUAGUUCGCUGAUGUUUUUACACAGAUCGAAUACCCUGGUUCUGAUUGGUUAAAGUGUUUUGUUCGAUGUUUUUCGUAACUAAGGCCAGAACACAUUCGGUGACAAUAUGAUCACGACAAAUCUCUGCAAUACACAACAUAUUGUGUUGUGCUUCCAAAACUAGCUGCCGCGAACCACCAAACUCAAACCAGUGACGUAUUGUAGGCAGGAAAUUAUAUUACAGCUGCAAAGACUUUCACAUAUUUUGAAAAUUAUCACUACGAUUUGUAGCCUCAUGUCUCGGCAUUGAACAUUCAAAAUGCGCUCGUAACUUGCUGAAAAACCGGACCAAAGUAUUCAAGUUUUUGUCAAGUUACCGAACAGAGGCAUUUUUUUUUUUACGAUUGCCAUACAUGUAAAUAUACAUUAUGAAUAUACAUUAUGUUUUUAAUAUAUAAUAUAAAUGAAAGAGUGUGGAAUUAUUUCAAGUUAAGAUUUUGUAUAGGAAAGAGUGUAACAGUUAAGGAAACUAACGGAGAAAAGGAAUUAAAAUCGUGUACUUAUAACA